CAUCACGCAGCUGAACGUCCAUAUCCGCCCUUCUCUCUCUCUCUCUCUCUAUAGAUAUAUACAUGUUUGUAUAUCAUUUCGUCGUAUUUCACAUGUAUGCUACAGAAGGAGGAAGGACCCCGACCCAGAGUUCCUGCAACUCCCCAGCUUCCAAGAAUCAAAACCCUAGAUUCUUGGAUUGCUUCCAUACAAGAUUGAGAUUUUUGUUGGCUUCUCUUAACUUGAUUUUGGGGGUUAUUUCGACCAAAAUCCAUGGGCGUUAAGCCACUACGUAACAUCUUCAUCAUCGUCUUCACGCUGACUUGUUUGGCGACAACCGCAUAUACUGUACCUUUCGUCGUCUUCCAUGGUAUUGCAGAUAAAUGUGAUAGCAAGGGCGUCACAAGAUUUGUCAAGCUUCUAACCAAGUUGUCGGGUUCUCAAGGACAUUGCAUUGAAAUUGGAAAUGGAGUAAGGGAUUCUUGGUUUAUGCCCUUUUUGGAACAGACAACAAUUGCUUGUGAGAAGGUUAAGGAAUUGAAGGAACUUAGUGAAGGUUACAACAUAGUUGGACUUUCUCAGGGCAACGUGGUUGGCCGGGGGGUUGUUGAAUUUUGUGAUGGAGGACCUCCAGUGAACAAUUUCAUAUCACUAGCAGGUCCUCAUGCUGGUAUAGCUUCUAUGCCAUUUUGUGGAUCUGGCUUAUGGUGCAUUCUCGUGGACUAUUUAAUGAAGUUAGAGAUUUACAGCAACUAUGUGCAGGAACACUUGGCACCUGCUGGUUAUAUCAAAAUCCCAACUGACAUUGAUGACUAUUUACGAGGAUGUAUGUUUCUCCCCAAGCUUAAUAACGAACGCAUGGACUGUAGAAAUUCCACCUACAAAAAGCGGUUUGCUAGCUUGCAGCAUUUGGUACUUAUCAUGUUUGAGCAGGACAGAGUUUUGGUACCAAAGGAAACCUCCUUGUUUGGGUAUUACCCGGAUGGAUCCUGGAGCACAGUUUUACCUGCCCAUGAGACGAAGCUCUACAAAGAAGACUGGAUCGGUUUGAAAACCCUGGAUGAAGCUGGCAAGGUGAAAUACGUAAAUGUCUCGGGAGGUCAUCUCGAUAUCUCUACAAGCGACGUCAAGAAAUACAUAAUACCUGCCUUGCAGGAUGAAACUAUAGCAAGAUCAUACUCCAUGUGGAUAUGGUUGUCGUCAAUCUGGGAUUUCGUCAAGGAAUUGGUUGGAGUCCCGGAGGAUCGACAUCUUCUGUACACUCCUAAUUAGUGCCGGUUCCUUCUUGCUAAUGAAAUGGGUUAGGUUGGGAUUCCCGGAGACCCUUAUUAGGGUCGGCGGUGCCUUCAUCCCAACAUGAACUCUAAUCAUUUCAAGAAGACAAGCCAAAGAACCCAAAUUUUUUAUUCUUUAUUAGAUAUUGGUUUAAGUAUAUUUAAUAUUUUUUAGUUGUCAUAAAUUUAGUUGAAUACCUUAUUAUUUAAAAAUUAUAAUAGAUUGUUUCUUGGGGUUACCGCUUU